UAGUAAUGAAUCUAGCAACUUUGGGAUUCUUUCUUCCUAUUCCUGUGCUUCAAAAAUCGAACUGCCUGGAAGUGAAAAGCAUUCCAAUAUAGUUUGAAAACAAAGGCCAAAAUGCUUCAUCGUAAAAUCUUUUUCCAAAAUAAGAUCUCCAAACAAGUCUUUUGCCGUCAUUUUCUUCAGAUACAUUUUCGUUUAAAAUCAAACUGUGGCUUCAGAAACAUCGAUGGAGAAGAAAACUGCAACAUUAUCAGAAAAUCCGAAAACCAUGAAGCAAACAUAUACUUGCUCAAGAGUAGAGGCCAACACCUUCUGACUAAUCCACGAGUUCUCGACUCCAUCAUCAGUAAAUCCAACAUACUCCCCACUGAUACCGUCCUAGAAAUCGGGCCUGGAACAGGAAAUCUCACUAUUAAGCUCCUAAAUGUCGCCGAAAAGGUUAUAGCCAUCGAGGUUGACAAACGCAUGAUCGAAAUCCUCAACAAACGUGCGACUGAGCAUGGCCUGCGUGAUAAAUUAACGCCAACAUUCCAUAUGGGAUUUCAUCACCUCUGAUUGCCAAAGUGGUGUUUGGCGCAAAUGCAUAUAGGAGUGCAACACUUUUGUUACAGAAGGAGUUCGCAAGGAGACUACUAGCAAACCCAGGAGACUCAGAAUUCAACAGGUUAGCAGCAAAUGUGAAGCUGAUGGCUGAUGUGGAGUUGGUGAUGGAUGUGAGCAAGAGGGACUUCUUACCUUGCCCAAAAGUUGAUUCAUCCGUUGUUAAGAUCCAUCCGAAAGAAUCAGUCCUUGAUGUCAAUGUUGAUGAAUGGUUGGCAUUCACAAGGACUUGUUUUACAAAGAAGAACAAAACGUUGGGUGCGAUUUUUAAGCAGAAAAGGAUGUUAGCUGAGUUAAUGGAAUUGCAAGAAGUGAAAGAGGGUCAAGAAAUGGGGGAACCGCUGGCUUCUUUUAGGGAGAUGAUCGUCAAUAUUUUAAGUUCAGGUGGAUUUGAUGAUAAGAGGCCAGCAAAGCUCACCCAUGAAGAGUUGGUGCAUUUGUUGUCCCUAUUUAAUCACGCUGGGAUUUCAUUUCAUGGUCCUGCGAAACUGAAGGAUCGAAGAAACUGCUCUUCAGAUAAUUACUUAGAGGAUCCGCAAGACACUUAGCGGCGCAAGCUAGAUUUGGUGCUCCAAAUUGAGAGAAUCAUGAUACCACAAGAGCUUUCGUUAUUUGACGGUUUUCUGAAUGUGAAUUCAUCCUUUAAAUUUGUCUCAAAGAGGUUUGCACUUUGCACCAUUACUAAUCUGCUAUAUAAUAAUAAUAAAUUAAUGCAGCAGAAAAUGAAAACUUACUGCAUCUUUUCCCGCAGUGUAUGGUGGAUCACCCAAGACCUCUGGAGCUCAUAGGGGUGGAAUUUGCUGGGUGGGGAAGCGACGUUUUUACAGAACGGGGUGACGAAUUUUUCUUAAAAAUGGGGGUGACUUCUGAUGCAGUUUUGUAAUGUAUCUGUGGUUCUUAUGGCGAAACCGAAAUAAGUUGUGGAAUGCCAGGUUUGCUCCUGUCAAACGUGUGAAAAAGAACCUGCUUCUUUUAUUGAAGACUGGCGUGGAGUCCAAUGGCAGCCAGAAACAAGAGAGCAGAGGGAGCAUGGACUAUUGAUAUGGAGGCAGAUGGAUGUGGAUGGAGCGAAGCUCAACAUAGAGCUACCGGGUUGGGGUGGGUUGCUCAGGAUUGUGUUAUUUACAGACCGGGAAAAUAUGUUCCUUGUGAGGCACAGGCAUUUGCAAUAAACGAAGCGCUAAGAUGGAUCAAGCAGGUGGGAUGAGAGUCAUGAGACCAUAUCGAUGUGGAGUCGGAUGCUUUGUAGUUAUUGGGGGGGUGUCUGGACAGAAGUAAACAACUCUUCUUUUGAACUUUUGGUUAAUGGUAUAAGAGACUUAUCAUGUGAAGUGAUUAGCAAAUCAGGUAGGGUAUAAUUAUUUUCUCUCAUGUGAAGUGAUUAGGGCAUAAUUACUCUCUCAUGUGAAGUGAUUAGUAAAUCAUGUUAGCCAUAAUUUUCUUCCUGGUAUUGCAUUCUGGUGUAUUUCAACUAUGGUCUUACCAAAGAAUUAAAUUUGUUAUGGUAAAGAAACUAUCUACUUGUAUUA